AUGGAGUUCAUGAUCGACUAUAUGUGCGAUUUGAAAAAGACCCUUGAUGCUGGGGGUAAUUGUGUGCUGGAGAUGCCUUCGGGCACAGGAAAGACCAUCACACUGUUGUCUCUGAUCGUGGCAUACCAGCAGCACUAUGCUGAGCACAGGAAGUUGAUCUACUGCUCACGAACAAUGUCCGAGAUCGAGAAGGCAUUGGUUGAGCUGAAAGCACUCAUGAAGUUCCGUGCGGAGCGCCUGGGAUAUGUUGAAGAAUUCAGAGGUUUGGGCCUAACCAGUCGUAAGAACCUUUGCUUGCACCCAUCCGUCAAAAGGGAAAAGAGUGGAACAAUAGUCGAUGCCCGCUGUCGUAGCUUAACGGCUGGUUUCGUCAAGGAGAAGAAACAGAGAGGAGAAGACGUUGAUGUCUGCAUUUACCAUGACAAUCUCGAUCUCCUUGAACCACACAAUCUAAUCCCCAACGGCAUCUGGACGUUGGAUAAUCUGUUAAAGUAUGGCGAGGAGCACAAGCAAUGCCCAUAUUUCACAGCUCGACGGAUGCUGCAAUAUUGUAACGUCGUCAUUUAUUCCUACCACUACCUCUUGGACCCUAAGAUUGCGGAGCGUGUCUCCAGAGACUUAUCCAGCGACAGCAUCGUCGUCUUUGACGAAGCGCACAACAUCGACAAUGUCUGUAUUGAAGCCCUUAGUACGGACAUCACAGAAGAGUCCUUAAGAAGGGCAACAAGAGGUGCACAGAACCUCGAGAACAGGAUCAAUGAGAUGAAAGAAACCGAUCAGCAAAAGCUCCAAGACGAGUACGAGAAGCUUGUUGAAGGGCUUAGGGGGAACGAUGAUGGCACCCGAGAAGAUUCAUUUAUGACCAGUCCUGUCCUCCCACAAGACUUGCUCAAGGAGGCCGUUCCCGGCAAUAUCCGGAGAGCAGAGCACUUUGUUGCCUUCCUCCGGAGGUUCAUUGAAUACCUCAAGACGAGGAUGAAGGUUCGGCAAGUCAUCUCCGAGACACCGCCAUCCUUCUUGGCACACCUGAAAGAGUAUACAUUUAUCGAGAAGAAGCCUCUAAGGUGGUGUGCAGAGCGCCUGACAUCACUGGUCAGGACGCUUGAGCUCACUAACAUUGAAGACUACCAUGCCCUCCAAGAAGUAGCCACGUUUGCAACACUUGUGGCUACAUACGAGAAGGGCUUCUUGUUGAUUCUCGAGCCGUACGAGUCCGACACGGCCGAAGUACCCAAUCCAGUUCUGCACUUCUGCUGCUUGGACGCCGCUAUUGCCAUCAAGCCUGUCUUUGACAAGUUCCGCAAUGUCAUCAUCACCUCCGGUACCAUCUCCCCACUGGAGAUGUACCCCAAGAUGCUCAACUUCACCACCGUCGUCCAAGAGUCGUACAGCAUGACACUGGCUCGGCGAUCCUUCCUUCCCCUCAUUGUGACUCGUGGCAGCGACCAGGCCUCCAUUUCGACAGGCUUCCAAGUCCGCAACGAGCCGAGCGUAGUCCGCAAUUAUGGCAAUCUCCUCACCGAAUUUGCCAAAAUUACUCCCGAUGGCAUGGUCGUCUUUUUCCCGUCUUACCUCUACAUGGAAUCCAUCAUCAGCAUGUGGCAAGGCAUGGGCAUCCUAGACGAAGUCUGGAAGUACAAGCUCAUCCUUGUCGAAACCCCGGAUGCGCAGGAAACCUCCCUGGCCCUCGAAACCUACCGCACAGCUUGCUGCAACGGGCGCGGCGCGGUACUCCUCUGCGUUGCACGCGGCAAGGUCUCCGAAGGCAUUGACUUUGACCACCAGUACGGGCGCACGGUGCUGUGCAUCGGUGUACCCUUCCAGUACACGGAGUCGCGCAUCCUGAAAGCGCGUCUCGAGUUCCUCCGCGAGACGUACCGCAUCCGCGAGAAUGAUUUCCUCUCAUUCGACGCGAUGCGGCAUGCUGCUCAGUGCCUGGGCCGCGUGCUGCGCGGCAAGGAUGACUACGGGUUGAUGGUGUUGGCGGACCGGCGGUUCCAGAAGAAGCGCAACCAGCUUCCCAAGUGGAUCGCGCAGGCGUUGCUGGAUGCAGACACGAACCUGAGUACGGAUAUGGCGGUCAGCAGCGCAAGGAGAUUCCUCAAGACCAUGGCGCAGCCGUUUAAGGCAAAGGACCAGGAGGGGAUCAGUACCUGGAGCUUGGAGGACCUGAAGAGGCAUCAACAGAAGAUGGAUGAGGAGCGGAUGAAAGAGCUGGAAGCACAGCGGGAGAAAGAGUCCGCGCCGGCAGUGGAGAGGCCGGCGGAUCAGGGAAGGGAAAGUGACUACGAGGUGGACGAGGAGGAAGAGAGGGAGAUGAUGGCGCUUGAUGUGGGCAACUAA